AUGGCAGACAUCAGAGUGACAGCAGACACCCAGAGAAUCAAUCAGCUGGGCAUGGAAGAUGAAGUACAGGCUGCAACUGAGGUUCUGUGUUCUCGUCUUGCCCUGAUGCCAACCAGCCGGUGGGACCGGGCGGGACGUGCUCCCCGGACGCGGUCGCCACUGAGCGUGCUCCGUCGGGGGUCAGACCGCAGGUGCCCGGCGGAGGGAGAGCCAGGCCGGGCGUCGCCUGGAGAUACUAUGGAAAAGUACCAGGUUUUGCACCAGCUGAAUCCUGGGGCCUUGGGGGUGAACCUGGUGGUGGAGGAAACAGAAACCAAAGUGAAGCACGUGAUAAAGCAGGUAGAAUGCAUCGAUGAGCAUCAGGCCAACAAGGCUCUGGAGGAGCUGAUGCCGCUGCUGAAGCUUCAACACGCCCACAUCUCUGUAUACCAGGAGCUGUUCAUCAUAUGGAACAAGGAGAUCUCCUCUCUGUUCCUCUGCCUGGUUAUGGAGCACAACACGAUAAGCUUCCAGAAGGUCAUUGAGAGUAAGAGGAAGGCAAAAGCAGCCAUUGACUCGGAGUGGAUGCAGAAUGUGCUGGGCCAGGUGCUGGACGCUCUGGAAUACCUGCACCAGCUGGACAUCGUUCACAGGAACCUCAAGCCCUCCAACAUUGUCCUCGUCAGCAACGACCACUGCAAACUGCAGGACCUGAGCUGCAAUGCACUGAUGCUCGACAAAGCCAAAUGGAACGUCCGUGCAGAGCAAGACCCCUCUCAGAAGUCCUGGAUGGCCCCUGAAGCCCUCAACUUCUCCUUCAGCCAGAAAUCCGACAUCUGGUCCCUCGGCUGCAUCAUUCUGGACAUGGCCAGCUGCUCUUUCAUGGAUGGUGCAGAAGCCAUGCGUUUGCGCAGGUCCCUCCGUCAGUGCCCCGAUGGCCUGCAGGGCAUCCUGAAGGCCAUGAAGGAGGAGCAGGUCCCAGAUGCAGAGACCUACGCUCUUCUUUUGCCAUUGAUGCUGCAAAUCAACCCCUUGGAUCGAAUAACAACACGAGACGUGAUACACAUCACCUUCGUGAAGAGCUCGUUCAAGUCCUCAAGCAUUGCUCUGACCUUGCACCAGGAGGUGGUGCCUCCUUUCAUCACCAACAUGCUGUUGGAAAGCAACAUUGCCAGCCUUUUAGAGGUCAUGCAGAACUUGUCCAGCCAACCUGAAGUCCAGCUCACGGCUAUGAAGAGGCUUUUGACAAUGCCUGAAGAUGAGCUAGGUAGAGACCCCACUCCUGCCCCUCCCCCAGCUGCUCCCCCGCAGGCAGACCCUGUGGUCCAC